UUACAAAACAAAGCCAUUGGCUAAAACUUAAAAAAGCUGCUUAUGGCUGAUUACUAUUUGCAAAACAUUCAAAAGUCUUUCCCAUCAUCAGACAUUAAUUCCAACAUGGAAUUUAUGAACAAUUUUCCAGAAAUAAAUCCAAUUUAUCAGGAUACGUCAAUCUUGAACUUGCAGAAUUUGAUGGGAUUUCCCAGUGACAAUAUUUUUCCCGAGUUAAUAAACGAAUGUACAGGAAUCUCAGAAGAUUUUCCGAGUUUGUUUAUUCAUGAGGAGAAGAAUUUGGUGCCUCAAACUGCAAAUGAUCAUCGUGCAGGAAAGAAGAGGAAAGAAAUUGACACCCCACAAAGUAGUGGUGCUUAUUCAUCUGCUCAAGGUUCUGCAAACGUUGAUACAAGGAAAAAUUGUGCAGGAAAAGGGAAAAAAGUGAAAUUAAACGAAAAGGAAGAGGAGAAACCAAAGGAUGUGGUACAUGUUAGAGCUAAAAGAGGUCAGGCUACUGAUAGUCACAGUUUAGCAGAGAGGGUAAGUUCUGCCCUUUCCCUCAAGCAUUUCUACGUGCGCAUAAGUUCCUCAAUAUAGCCCCUUUGGUACCCAUUUUUUUCAAAAUGCAUUUUUCUCUCUCUUCUUUUCAACUACA